GCUACAGUGAAAACCAAUAAAAGUGUCCGUGAUAACUGAGCGCAUCUCUCCUUCCCCUUUCGCUUCGGAUGUGGAGGAGACCGACCUCGGACAUCAGAUGACAUUUGCACCGGAGGCGUCGCGGAAGAGGAGACCACUGACCCACAACACGUUCAUAUUAGGAGGUUGUCACGCUGUAGCCGGGUCAAGUGGAUGGACUGAGUAAAGCUGACGUGCUGUUCUGUCCUAUCAGGCUGAUGUAUCUGCCCAGUGAGGAGACUGCAGCCCUCAGGAGCCACAUAGCAACUCCACUUCACCCCCACCAUCAUCUCCUCAUCCUUUCCCAAGGGGCAUGCCUUCUGAACCCAGCCUCAGCAGUAGGGAGAUGCUGACAGGACAGAGGCUCUGCCAGUCCAAGUCCCACCAGGACUCGGUCCUUUCUGCCCUCAACCAGCAGAGGAAGGACGGCCUCUUGUGUGAUGUCACCCUGGUGGCCGGCGAGCAGAAGUUCCACGCCCACAAAGCCGUCCUGGCAGCGUGCAGCGACUACUUCCGGGCCAUGUUCAGCCUGUGCAUGGUGGAGAGCGAGGCAGAUGAGGUGACUCUGCAGGGGGUGACCAGCGUUGGACUGAAGCAUGCCUUGGACUUCGCCUACACCGGACAGAUUCUGCUGGAGCCAGCGGUGAUCCAGGACGUCCUGUCUGCAGGCAGCCACCUUCAGCUGCUGGAGCUCCUUGGCCUCUGCUCCCACUACCUCAUCCAGGAGCUGAGCAGUGUGAAUUACCUGGAGCUGUACCGGGUGGCUGACCUGUUCCACCUCCCCGCCUUAGAGGAGGCUGUGGUGGGCUUCCUGGUCGAGCAUCUGUCUGAGCUGAGCCAAAGCCGGCAGGAUGAGGCCCUGCAGCUGCCCUACCGCCUCCUCAGGGAGGUACUGAAGAGUGACCGGCUCACCUCCCUCAGCGAGGAGGAGAUAUGGAAGUUGGUCGUUCUGUGGCUGGAACACGACUGUCGCUACCAGUACACUGAGGAUCUACUGCAACACGUGCGCUAUGGCCUGAUGGACGUCCCCACGCUGCACCACCUGGCCCGUAACCACCCGCUGGUCCAGUCCAGCCCCACCGCUGCCUCCCUGGUGGAGGAGGCCCUGGACUACCACCACGCCACCUUCGCUCAGCCGCUCCGCCAGUCGGCCCGCACCAGGCCUCGCUUCCAGUCCCUCACCCUGUACAUCGCCGGCGGGAGGAAGCGGGAGGUGAGCAGGGUCAGGGAGCUGCGCUAUUUCAACCCGGCGGCUCAGGACCAUGUGCGGGUGGCAGGCGGGUCGAACUGGAGCGAGCUGGCGCCCAUGCCCACCGGACGCAGCCACCACUGCGUGGCAGUAAUGGGGAACUUCCUGUUUGUUGUGGGCGGGGAGGUGGAGCACGCCACCGGGAGGACGUGCGCUGUAAGGACUGCCUGUCGGUACGACCCCCGCGGGAACCGGUGGACUGAAAUCGCCCCGAUGAAAGUCUGCAGAGAACACUUUGUCCUGGGAGCUCUGGGUCAGUACCUGUACGCUGUCGGGGGCAGGAACGAGCUGAGGCAAGUGCUGCCCUCUGUGGAGCGCUACUGUCCCAAGAGGAACAAGUGGAUGUUCGUCCAGGCCUUCGACCGCUCACUGUCCUGCCACGCCGGCUGUGUGGCCGACAACCUGCUCUGGGUCUCAGGUGGGGUGACAAACACAGCUCAGUACCAGAACCGUCUGAUGGUGUACGACCCAGAACAGGACCAGUGGUUGGCCCGCAGUCCCAUGUUGCAAAGGCGGGUUUACCACGUCAUGGCGGCGGUGAGGAGGCAGCUCUACGUGCUCGGGGGGAACGACCUGGACUACAACAACGACCGCAUCCUGGUCCGACACAUCGACUCCUACAACAUGGACCUGGACCAGUGGACCCGGUGCUCCUUCAGCCUCCUCACAGGUCAAAACGAGUCCGGAGUGGCCGUCCACGACGACAGGAUCUACGUGGUUGGUGGAUACUCCAUUUGGACCAAUGAGCCUCUGGCGUGCAUUCAGGUGCUGGAUCUGAGCACAGAGGGAAAGGAGGAGGUUUUCUAUGGACCGACACUGCCGUUCGCCUCUAACGGAAUCGCGACGUGUUUCCUCCCCGCUCCUUAUUUCACCUGUCCCAACCUACAGACGCUCCAAGUGCCCCAUCACAGAAUAGGCGCCGUUUAACCCCAAACUGACGAACAAAACGCCACAAACACGAACCGCCCUCCACUCUGGACCUUCCACCCGGUUCCAGAACCUGGCCUCCCCGUCACAUGGUGGAGCAGACUGGGAUUUCUUUGAGACCCAAAUGUAAUAACAAUACUUUUCUGAUUUAAAACAGCUGUUAUUUUGCAAGCUUCUCAGAAACUCCGAAACAAGCAGAUGUGACAGUAAUCCGUUGUACCUGUUGUAUUUCCCCAAAGACUGACGCUCUCUUCCUGAUGUCCAGAGAAGACGCAAUGAGUAAGGAAAAUUACUUCAGAGGAAUAAUUCCCAAAGAAGAGAAACAGAAUCAUCGAACCAGCUGACUAUGAUGAUAACUGGUUAAAGAAAUGUCAUGAAGACCACUGGAGGUUGCACAGACUGUACCUUCGUAGCCUUUGUGGGGCUAUAGGAGGUUUUUUUUAGUCCAUAUCACUCCUUCUAUAGUGACGUUGGUGGUGUGGAAAAACAACAAAAAGAAUGAAAUCAAGAUGUAAAAGAGUUUUAUGCACUUUAAGCUGGCGGAUUGCAUCAACUGGUGUCAAAAACCUAAAGCAGAGACGCGCAAGUGCAUAAAUGACCAUGCAUUUUUAUUUAAUUCAAAUAA